AUGGACGCCGUCGAUAGGCUAGAACUGCAAAAGGGCUGUGCUGCCUAUAUCGAAGGCGUUGGCACUACAUAUGGAUAUGUCCCGUCACUAGGAGCAGGCAUUGCCUACUGCACACUCUUCGGUCUCUCGAUGAUACUCCACACAGUUCAAUUCAUCUGGAAGCGACAAUGGUGGGCAAGCGUGUUUACUGUCGGAUGUUUGGCCGAAGUAAUCGGCUGGGCCGGUCGUACCUGGUCAGCCAAAUGUCCAUACAACGGAACUGCGUUUCUAAUGCAAAUUUCCACUCUCAUCAUCGCCCCAACAUUCUACACAGCAGGAAUCUACAUCCUCCUAGGCCGCUUCAUCCAACUCCUUGGUCCCAAAUCCUCUAUCAUGAAACCGAACCUAUACCUCUGGAUUUUCUGCACCUGUGACGUAAUAUCGCUCGUUAUCCAAGCGAUUGGAGGAGGAAUGGCAUCGGGAGAGGCCGACAAGAUCAACGGGAAUACCGAUCCUGGCACGCACAUAAUGGUUGCUGGUAUAGUCUUUCAACUUGCCUCGAUCACGAUUUUCGUCUUUUGCGCUGUUGAUUUCAUACGGCGCACUAUGCGUAACCACCUGCUGCAGUCGGUGAACGGCUCGGUUAUCCCUCUAUUUGCAGCGAUGAUACUUUCGAUCAUAUGCAUCUACAUCCGGAGUAUCUACCGGACUAUAGAAUUGUCACAGGGAUGGGAUGGUUAUCUAAUCUCUCACGAAUCGUAUUUUAUUGCGCUUGAUGGGGCUAUGAUGGUUGUUUCUGUGGUUGUGUUCAAUGUGUUGCAUCCUGGAUGGAUGUUGCCCAAUGAGAAAUCUGAUGUAUAUAAAACGGAAAGGACUCUGGUUGAUCAACCGGACAGGUACCAGGGACCACCUACUCACUGGUGA